AUUCACUUUUUUUGGAUCACUCGAAAAAAAAAAACAGGAUGGUUCAACGCAAUUCUCAAGUUAUCGAUACCGAAGAAUUAAGAAGAAUCCUUAUAGCAGAAGGAGAAGAACAUGUCAAGAUCUCUGGCAAGAUCAUUUCAGUGGUUAAUCACUUACCAUUCCAAUUCAGUGUACCAAUGACCCCAGAAGAAAAACUUGCCAUUAGGAAUCGAAAAGAAGAAAUACACAAACGCCAUCAACAUCCUGUCCAUUUCAAAAGAGAUGCCAACUACUUGAAACACAACUAUUAUCAACAAGAACAACAACAACAACAACAAGGAGAAGAGGAAGCCAAUGAACAACAAGAUAAGCACGAACUUGAUGCGCCUAUUUCCAAUUUAGGUCGACGUGCUUCUAUUGCUCCAAACUUUGGUCAAUCUGAAAUAUGGAAUAUCACUCCACGACCAGGUCAUUCAGCUAUCUAUGCUGGUACGGAUUCUUUACGCAAACAUUACAAGACGUUGAUGAUUGGAGGUACAGGUCAGAUCAAAUCAGAACUCACUGACCAGGAAAUGCCUUUAGAUGAAAUUCGCCCUGAACAUCGUGAUGGUUUAUCCCAAUUAUUGAAAUUACGUCAUGGUAUGAUUCCUAUCUUUCUCAAGAACGAGCAAGCUUUCGGUCAUUAUGAAGGUUAUUGCAAACAAGUACUAUGGCCACUGUUUCAUUAUGUCAUAUGGAAUGGAUCGAUUGAUGAAAGCCAAUACUGGGAUGAUUACGUUGCUGUGAAUCAAGCAUUUGCUCAAACCAUUGCCGAUAAUUAUGAACCUGGUGAUAUAGUAUGGAUUCAAGAUUACCAUCUUUUACUUGUACCUCAGAUACUACGUGAUCUCAAGCCUUUAGCUCGUAUUGGUCUAUUUAUACAUACUCCUUUUCCGUCUUCUGAAAUGUUCCGUUGUUUACCACAUCGUCGAGAAAUAUUGGAUGGCAUAUUAGGAUCAAAUCUGGUUGGUUUUCAGACUUAUAACUAUGCUCGACACUUCGCGUCGAACUGUACAAGAAUUAUGGGAUAUGAAUGUUCACCUCUUGGGGUUGAAACAAGGGUUGACACUGUUGGUUUGGGCACCUUUCCCAUUGGUAUUGAUGUAGAACGUACUCGACAAAAUUGUCAUCGACCUAACGUAGCUCCAAAAGUCAAGGCUAUUCGUGAAAAGUAUCUUGGCAAGUAUAUCAUUGUUGGACGGGACAAACUGGAUCCUAUGAAAGGUGUUUUACAGAAACUAGAAGCAUUUGAAAAAUUUUUAUAUGAUUACCCUGAAUGGCAAGAUAAGGUGGUUCUGAUACAAGUGACUUCACCUGGUGUCAUUAAAUCACCAAAAAUGGAAGCCAAGGUAGCGGAAACAGUGAAUCGCAUUAAUACACAAUUUGGAUCUAUUGAAUUUACACCUGUGAAUCAUUAUCAUCAGCACAUCGAUCGUGAUGAAUUCUACGCACUCUUGAUUUCUGCGGAUGUUGCUCUGGUGACACCGAUCUGUGAUGGUAUGAAUACGACUAGUUUUGAAUAUGUGGUGGCUCAAGAAGAACGUCAUGGUCCUUUAAUCUUAUCGGAAUUCACUGGAACUGCGCGAAGUAUGGGGGCUGCAUUGAUUGUUAAUCCUUGGGAUUACAGUUGGGUAUCAAGUGCUAUUAAUGAAUGUCUUAUCAUGUCUGAUGAAGAUAAAGCUGAAAAAGCCAAGCAACUGACUAACUUUGUCCAUACUCAUACUGCAGGUUAUUGGGCAACACGUUUUAUCAAUACUUUGGUAAAUUCUCCUAAAUCUGUUUCCACUUACAAGACAAGCAAAAUGGAUCCUAAAAGACUAUUGAUUGAAUAUCGAAAUACACGGAAAGCUUUGUUUUUCUUUGAUUAUGAUGGUACAUUGACACCUAUUGUGGAUACACCUUUAGAUGCGAAACCAUCACAUCAAUUGAUCGAAGCCCUGAAAAAUUUAUGUCAAGAAAGCAACAAUACAGUCUGGGUUGUUUCUGGAAGGGAUCAAAACACGCUAGAAGAAUGGUUAGGUCAUAUUCCUCAACUUGGGUUAUCAGCCGAACAUGGAUGCUUUACUCGAUUACCUGGUAGUACUAAAUGGAUCAACAAUAUCGAUCGUGUGGAUAUGGCAUGGAAGGAUGAUGUACGUGAAAUCUUUCAGUAUUACAGUGAACGAACCCCUGGUAGUUUUGUAGAAGAAAAACGUGGAUCUUUGACAUGGCAUUACAGGAUGACAGAACCUCCCUCUUUUGGUGAAUUUCAAGCCAAGGAAUGUCAAAAUCAUUUGGAAAAUGCCAUUGUACCGAAGUUACCUGUGGAAAUCUUACUUGGUAAGAAAAACAUUGAAAUUCGACCAACGGUGGUGAAUAAGGGCUCAGCUGUGAAACGAGCCUUGGCUCAAACAAGUGCCGCGGGUUUUAUCCUUUGUGCUGGUGAUGAUCGGACAGAUGAAGAUAUGUUCAAGACAUUGAAAAAGCAAGUGACUUCUGGUGGUUCAGACAAAAUCUUAUUUACUCUCUCUGUUGGUCCUGUUGAUAAGAAAACCUUGGCCGAUUGGUAUGUGGAAACUAGCCAAGAUUUAGUCGACAUGUUAUCUCUAUUGAAUAAAAAAUAGUUUAUUUGUUAUAAUAU